AUGGCGGACUCAGCGAUUGAACUACAGGUGCGAUCGGGAGGGGUGUGGGUUCACCACUACAAGCGCCGACUAUUCAAGUGUUCAGUGAAUGGCUGUAAGAGACGGCUCAAAACCAGAGACUACAUGUCCAGACAUCAGCUCAAAGCACAUCCGGAGUGUAUGCCAUGGAUAGAGUGCCCGCACACUGACUGUCAGUAUAAGUGCAAAGUUAGGGCCGAUAUGUGCAGACAUACGGAGAGUCGACACCAAACCAAAUACCCGUUGAAUACAAAUCACGGGAACAGACGGUCAGCGGACGGGCUGUUUGAAUGCAAUGCUGAGGGCUGUGCGAAGAGAUACCAAUCCUUUAAUGGUAUAUAUCAUCACAAACAGACCCAUAAGAACGAGCACUGGGUGUGUGAUGUGGGCGACUGUUCCCAUACUUUUAAGACACGCCACUGUCUGCUACAACACCGAAAGCGAUGCCAUUUAACGAAUCCAUUACUGAAGUGUUCACUGAAUGGCUGUCAGAAGAGGUUUAAAAGGAAUGGUGACUUAACUCAGCACCAGAAGCGACGACAUCCCGAAGCACUACCAGCCGUGCCGUGGAUUGAAUGCUCGCACAUUGGCUGUCAGUAUAGGACUAAAAGCAAGAAGUAUAUGACGGUCCACGAGAUGGAUCAUAAUUGCCAUGAGAUUAAUGAAACAAUGGGUGGAAGUGUUGAUGAGAAUGAUGUCAAACGUGAAGACAAACCCAAUACUAGCGAAUCAAUUGAUAGACAAUACGUGUGUUAUUGGAAAGACUGUGGGAAGAGGUUUAGUAACGCGACGUCAUUGCAUAGACACAGCCAACUACACCGUGGGCUGACCUACCGGUGCGAUAUCGGCAACUGUAAGGCAGUGUUCGCCUGUUCCGCGUAUCUGAGGCAACAUAAGUCGAGAACAGAUCACUCGCAUUGCGUUGACAUCGGAUCCGAUGAAACGAUAGACACGUCUAAUGAGAGGACUGGUAUGCAAAGUGAUACGACUGUCAGUCAAAGUGGAAGCGAUGUAAAGACAGACACGAAGACAGACGUGAAGAAUGUCCUGAAGAUUGAAUCGAAAUUCAGUGAAUCCAUGGAUUCAAAGCCUAAACACGAACUCAAAGUUUACGUAUCGCUUAAUACAAGCGAUCAAUCCGUGAGCCAAACGGUAAGCCAUCAAAUGGUUGGACAAACACCCGAUCCCUCAGCGGACAAACGGUUCAAGUGUUGGCUCAAUGAAUGUCAGCAAACAUUCAAACAAAAGCGGAGUCUCACUGAACAUCAACGCCGAGUACAUCCCAAUGAGUUGCCGGACAUACCAUGGCUCGAGUGCUUGGACACCGGCUGUCAGUAUAAGACUAAAUGCAAGAGAUCUAUGUCUAAACACACGACACUUCACCUCCGAUGCGAUCGGUCUGUCGUCGAACCUACCGCUGGAUCUGUUGCUGACAGUGGUGUCAAUAGGGGACAGGAGUCUCAAGUGAUUCAAAGUAUGGACUCCAAUAGAGCGAUAAAUACGGGUCCAGUGGUGGGAAAUGCUGGCAAUGUAUGCAAUCAAAGUACUGUUCAAUACAGGCCUACUGUGCCGACUAUUUCCAGUCACCCAAACACCAGUUCCUAUACAAUUGCCUUAGAAUCUCAAAUGCAGUCAUUGUCAGCGCCGACGGCUACAUACCUGUGCGACCGGGAAGGCUGUCGUAAUGAUUACACGAAUAACCAAAUGUUAUAUCAAAUGAAUCACUCGAUGGACACACCGUUCAAGUGUUCGCACAAUGGAUGCAACGAAACGUUUAAAUGCAAAGAAUCUCUGAAUGAACACCAAUUGAGUGGACAUCCCAUCGACUUAUCGGACAUACCGUGGAUCGUAUGCCAACACCCGAGCUGUCCAUUUUGGACCAAAUCCCAGGCCGAUAUGAAUAACCACAUGACAUGUCAUUUGGUACAGACAUACGCCUCACCACCAGUUCCCGAGUCGGUGGGCUCACCACCGGAUCAGCUGUUUGUGUGCGAAUACAGCGGUUGUACGGCUGCCUAUCAAACGCAGUGGGCUUUGGAUCGGCACAAGAUUUGCAUGCAUUUUGAUCAGCACCGGGAUCUCAGCGACUGUACCGUAAUGUUUGGUUCAAAUCAAGCGCAGACAUACGCGCCCGAGGAAUGGGACUACACUUCUGUCCUGAAUAUCGAUAAUACGACUCAACAAACGACUGGCCACUCGAUGGACAGCCUAUUCGACGAAUUCAAUCAAUCGGUUAAUAGUGACCCCUAUUUGGGUGAACAGCAAAGGGAACGCCCGUCCAAUGAGGUGACGAUUAUACCCUGGUAUGAGUGCCCGCAACGGGGCUGUCAGUACAGGUCCAGCGAUGAGCAGUCCAUGAGAGUGCAUAUGAGUGCGCACAGCACCGACACGACGGCAUACCAGUCCCCGUCAGUGCAGGGAUUCAGUGAUGGAAUUACAGACAUUGAUUCCAGUGUCGAGACAAUGGCGGGAAGUGUCGAUGAGAAUGACGGCAACUAUGAGAGCGAUUGUCAACUGUAUGAACCCAUGGACUCGAAUCCCGCGAGCGUUGUCUCAAACGUGGAUCAAGUCUUGGGAUGCGAUGUCAAUGAUGGCGAUUACGGUGAAUGCAAACCGAGUUUAGCGCAAAACACACCGGCGCUGACCGACGAGUGCUACGCGACUACCGUUUCCCAAUCAGUAGUCUCGGACUCAUCGCCAGUGGACACCACACCAUACCUGUGCGACCGGGAGGGCUGUCGGACGGCAUAUAAAAGCAAUUAUUUAAUAUACGAAUUGAAUCACCCGUUGGAAGGGCUGUUCCAGUGCUCACUCAACGGCUGUCAAGAGUCGUAUCGGUGUAAGGAAUACCUGAGCGAUCACCAGAGGGACAGGCAUUCAAAUGAGGUGCGACCGCACCGUAAGGAAGUGUCGGGGUUCGUGUGCCAACACCAGGGAUGCCAUUAUAAGACUAAUAACGAGCAGUCGAUGCGACAGCACAUGAAUAGACAUAUUUAUGAUAACAUUUGGGUCCCAAUGAACCAGAUUUGGCGAUAG